UAGACAGAUGUCUUAGUAAUAUCUUAUAAUAUUCUUGAGGGUUAGAAAAGUAUUUGCAGUCAUCAACAUUACAGUGUAAAUGUUGUAGAGACCUCAAGACACAGUCUAAUAAAGACAAUCUUGAAAUGUGGCAAGUUGAAGUACCAAGUGUUAGUGAAAAAAUAGUGUAAACUAACAAAAUGGUGGCAGUGUGUGUUGAAGAGUAGUGCGAUGGACGUUGUAGUCGCAGUAUGACCACGUGGAUGGCGCUGUUCGGGCUAGUGUGGCUGCUGCGCGUGCGUGGCUCCCUCUGUGGGUGCGCGGCGUGCAAGCGCGCUCGGCACGAGGCGCCCGACGCGCCCGGCGCUAGCCCGCGCGCGCCUAGCCCAGACGAGCGCGCGCCGUUCGACGUCAUCGCGCUCGAGAACUACACGCGUGACGUCACAGUCCAGACUGACUUUGACGAUGAGGAGGUCGAGGAUCUGGAUAAAAUCGAGCUGCAGAUCACAGAAGAGUCUCACGUCGGCAACUACGAGUGUGGGACUGAAGCGACGCAGAGCCCGGGAGGCGGCCGCUCCGGAAGUUACCAGUACCCUUCCGACUCAGACAGCGAGUCGGUCUGGGAGACGGCAGAAGUGACGCUGGAGCGCGGCGCUAGCGGCCUAGGCCUCAGCAUAGCGGGCGGCGAGACUGGCGGUGACGUCAGCAUCACGCGCCUAGCCGCGGGAGGCGCUGCGAAGAAAGAUGGCCGACUGCAGAUUGGAGACAUCUUGUUACAGGUGAACGACAUUUCCGUGGAAGGCGCGCCGCAUUCUGUAGCCGUGGACGCGCUGCAACAAGCUGGAAACGUUGUUAGAUUGCGAGUUCGCCGAGCCCGCAGGCCUAGGGUUGUCAAGCUAUGGCGCGGCGCCCGCGGCCUAGGCCUCGGUAUCGCGGGCGGAGCGGACGACGCAGCGGGCGGCGGAGGCGUUUUUGUAUCCCACAUAGCGGUUGGCGGCGCUGCCCACCACGACGGUAGAUUAAGAUUAGGCGAUAAAAUUUUAGCUGUUAGAGAUGAAGACGGUAUAGAAACAUCUCUAGUCGGAGCAACACAUGCGCAAGCAGUGUCCGCAUUGCGGAACACCGGAGAGCAAGUGACGCUCGUCGUCCUACCCGCAGGAUCUAUCCCGCCCGUAGCGAGAACCGCUCCGCUAUACUCCACGCGCACACAGGCCACUUCUUGUUCAACACUCCACGAGCUGCUGGAGGAGGAGCCAAAUGAAAUACCGAGAUGCGUCCGCAUGGUUAGGCUAGUACGGUCGGGCUCCCGAUUAGGUAUGGACAUCGUGGGGGGGUUAGGGGGGGAGGUGGAGGGGAACCAGGGGACUGAAGACGACACGUGCGGCGUGUUUGUGUCAGGAGUCUCGGUAGGGGGCGCUGCAUACGGGAUGCUGUAUAGAGGUGACAGAAUACUGAGCGUUGAUGGCAGGGACCUGACAAGGGCGACGCACGAGCAAGCCGCUGCUGCUUUAAAGCAGUACUCAGGGAGCGCGGUAUCCAUAGCUGCGCAGUACCAACCGGAGCAAUAUGAGAGGCUGCGCGCACGCAUCCGUGCCAUCAACGCGGCGGCGGCCAUGUCACCGCACGCGCGUCAUGCCACGCACGUGCCCGUGCAUCCUGACUUACACGCUAUGUAUCCAAGGUGA